CGACAAGCCCUUCCGUUACAGUUAUGUCCCUUUGUGAGUCCAUCACCGUUAGGUGGCGCUGAGAAGUGGCAUUCAAUGUUUUGAGUUAAACAUGGCUCAAGCUCUAUUCGAGGCACUUGCUGGGGGUGUCACCUGCACAGUGGACAAUCAGACAGCUGUAGCUGUUCAGUCUCUCCUUGACUCUCAGAGCAUACCAUCAGCUGCUGAAGCACAAGCAGAAGAGGAAGAUUUGUUCCAAUGUGGGAAAUGCAAGAAACAGUUUACAUUGCUGCCUGCCUUUGUGACUCACAAGCAGACGCGGUGCACUGCCAUUGUGUCCUCAUCUCCCUCCAGUGUGCGUGUCAGUGUGGAUGGAGGGAUCCCACAGGCAGUUGUCACUUCAUUCACCUCUACAGUGCCUGUAGCAGCAAUUCCUCAGUCUCUGGGAGGGUACAACACAACAUCUGUGCCCUCCUCACCAGUUCCACAACCGCUGGCACAAGGAAUGGUUCUCAAUGAUGACCUGAUGACCUUUGCAAGCCUGGACCACAAUCUACAACCACAGACUCUGCAGAUGGUGACAACUCCUUUGACAAGCCGGGCUGGUUCUGCAAAUGUCUCCAUACUUAGUCCUGUGAAUACAGUGCCUUCCUUCUCCUCUAGUGGCUCAGCCUUCACCAACACAAUCACGUCCAACCAAGUCCACAUACAGACAGCACCACAGAUCACUAUAACACCUGUUCACACAGGAGAUAAGACACUGGUCAACGUGGCUAAACCAAGUCCAACAAAAGCAGGAAGAAGAAGUGCACAAUCUAGUGUCCAACAGACUGUUAUGAAUGGGACUGACGGUCAGGCAACUAACAAGGCACGGAAACAAACAAAACUUGCAGCUCAACUUGCUGAGGACAACUGCUGCUCCAAGAAGAGACUGCGCUGCCAGUAUUGUGAUAAGAUGUUUGCUAAGAAUUUUGACCUGCAGCAGCAUGUGCGAGCCCAUACAGGGGAGAAACCUUUCCAAUGUAUUGUCUGUGGGAGGGCAUUUGCUCAGAAGUCGAACGUCAAGAAACACAUGGCAACUCACAAGGUGUGGCCUUCAGGGACAGUUGCAACCCUGCCUAAGCAACCUCCUCCAGCUGCUGUUGUGGAUAGUGACAACACACCAGAUCCAACACCAGUCAACACAAGUCAACAACUUCAAUAUAAGGGUGAAGUUGUGAGUGGUGACGAAGAUGCUGUCGGAUCAGGUGCAGACACUGAUGGGAAAGUGAAGGUCGUUGUGGACAGCUCUUACUUGUGUCAGUACUGUCCCUCCAAGUUCAAAACAUACUUCCAGCUGAAGACACACAUGGUCCAGCACAAACAACAACAGGUUUACAAGUGUGUGAUGAAAAAUUGUGGAUGUACGUUUCUUGAUUUGGAUUCAUUUUUGGAGCAUACAAAGACCCAUGAAGAUGAAAUGUCAUAUCGAUGUCAUAUGUGCAACAAGUACUUUUCUUCAUUGUAUGAGCUGGGUGUCCAUCAGUACAGCCACAGCCUGUAUCCAAACCAAGGACCCAAGCCUGGACCAAGGCAUUUCCAGUGCACAAAGUGUAUGAACAAGUAUUCAACUCCAGAAGCACUAGAGCACCACAUGGCUUCCACCACUCACAGCUAUGGGUGUCCUCACUGUGACAAGGUGUUUGCCUGUGAAAGAUAUCUACGACGUCAUCUCCCCACACAUGGAACCGAGGGUCAGUUUGAAUGUUCAACUUGCAAGAAGAGAUUCAAGACAGAGAACUACUUGAAGACUCACACACUGAUUCAUACAGGAGAGAAACCAUACCGAUGUGACACAUGCUCUGCAUGUUUCAACCGUAAGGACAAACUCAAGCGCCAUGUCCUUAUACACAAUUCUAUUAAGAAAUACAGAUGUCCAUUUAGAUCGCUCACAGGUUGCCAGAAAGAAUUUAACAGACCGGAUAAGCUUAAAGCACAUAUAGUCACACACAGUGGUAUAAAACCUUUCAAGUGCAAGGAAUGUGGCAAGGGUUUUAGCCGUAAGCCUCAUCUCCUUGAACAUGAACGUGGACACAAAGCAGACUAUAAGUUCAGAUGUGAAAGAUGUGGAAGAGGGUUUUUCCGACCAAAAUUGUUUCAUGAUCACAAAUGUCUUCCACAAAAAGAUGGGAUAGAACCUCAAGUUUUCAGGCCAAGAAAUCGCAGAAAAAUUGGUCGUCCUAAAAAGCGUAUGAUAACAGUAACUGCUGAACGUGUGCGUGAAUCUAGAAUGGGCAACAGUCGUAUGAGAGGAAAGGAAAGAAGGCCAUCUUCCCAAUCUGUUGCUGAAUCUUUAAUAAAUGAAGUAAGUCUAGAUGCACAGAAGGUAUCAACACCCAUUGCUGUCCUAGACAAAGUACAUACAGUUUCAGUUACUGGUGGAGAUGAAGUUGUCAGGUUUACAGACAGCAAGCAGGAGAUAACAAUGACCAGUGAUAAACAUUUAACUUUAAAGUCAACAGACUCUGCAAAUGAGGCAAUGUUGGAUCAUUAUGUUGUCCAUUUGACAGAAACUGUGCAUGAAAAUGGACCAACGAUUCAAACAUUUAUCCCUACUGUGUCUGGGGGUCAAGUCCUGCAUGCUACAGAGAGUGCAUCUGGCAACCUCCAGCCCAUCACUAUCAUUGAAGCUCAGCCAGUUCACAUGACCGUUACCACUGCAGAUCCAAACCAACUGCAGGAUGCUGCUGGGCUGCCCAUGAUGACUGUGAGCAGGGGUGAGGGAGAAGCUGUUGUGGCUACUCAAGUUGUUGUAACAGAUGCAAACAGUGGUGAACAUACCUUUGUAACAUGCCCAGCCCAGUUAGUUGACUAUGGACACAAUCUGACAGAAUCUGUGUAGCAAAGAGGUGAAACAUAUUCCUGUAUACUGUCAUUGUAAUGCUAUAUAUGUGUGUACAUACCAUACAGUAUUUAUGUUUAAACUACAUACAACACUUCAUUAUUACGAAAGUAUGAGCUGGUUUUAUUUUCAGUGUAUUUAUCUUCAGCUGGUUGUCAAAGACUUUUAUUAAGUGUCCAACAGUGUUGACACACUGAAUGCCCCAACUCAUCCACAAGACCUACCAAGUUCCAGUUUACCUUUAUGCACUUGGGAUGCAGAUGGGACGCCUUUCAAAUGGAAUUGUGAGAGUUAAAAGCAGCACUGUGUUCUUCAAAGCUGUACCCAACUAUUUGUCCCCAUCUGUCUUGUUACCAUUGUAACACAUUCAAGAUACAUGUAUAUUCAGCACAUUGUUACAGUUGUUGUGCUCAUUAAACUCAUUCUACAGCCUUCA